UCAGGACUCCGAGCACUCUAUUGUCCUGUAACGGCUUCCGUAGUGGCUUGUCAGUGUGGAAACAUGGCGGAUAAUCUACAAACUUUAGACGACGGUUUGGAGGAAAUUUGCGAUACAUUUUCACUUUCCUGUUGAUUUUUUUAUAUAAAGGACAACACUCGGUAACUUAAAUGUCUACUUAUGCGGAUAUUUUAAAGCGUGUUUUAGUGAAUGUGAAUACACUUCUCCCGGUGGGCACGGUCUGUCAACUUUCAAAGCCGGUAAACAUCUAAUCUCAGUCAGGCUGACAGCAUAAUCAAACUUGUUUUUUAAGGUACCUGUUAUUUUACCUGUUUCUGAUAAUUAAAUACUACGUUAGUAGUUUACUAGUCAGCUUCAAACAUGACCUUGAAUAACUCGAUUUAUAGUAACAGGUGGAUCAUGCAAACCCACUGUUUAAUGUUAGGUGAUAGUCUGGUCUUUGCUUUAAAAUGUCAUAUAUGUCUCGAGAAAUGAUUUAUGGUUAACUUUAAAACCACAGCACAACUUGAUUUUUUAGUUGACCGUACUCAUGUUGUGACGCAUGACGCACGUCACACGCGCCAUUCACCACGUUGACUGAUUUCUUUGUUGUUGCGGCUCUUUUAACUCUACAACAAUGUGUAGGCUGCUCAAAUAUUGUUUAAGUCACGUGCUUUAUGCUGUCAUGAACCGGCUGGAGGAAGCCAACAGAGGGUUCAACGUGCGCGCCUCCAUCCGUUACCUUGGAUACCUGUCCAGCCUAACCUCCCUAGUGGCUAUUUUUUGGGGACUUUACGUGCAAUGGGAGAAGACGGCAGAUACAGUCAUCCUGGUCAUUUUUAUUUUGGGCCUCUUUGUCCUCGGGAUCGCCUGUAUUCUUCACUACUAUUUUGGCAUGGAGAGAGUCAGCAUCUUUCUAUUGCAUCUAUGGUUUGGUUUCCUACUGGGUUUGUUGUGCUUCUUCAAAGUCCCCUCCAAAGAGGCGGAUAUGAAGGAACAGGUGAUGAACUACAUGUUAGUAGCCUGUGUGGUGAUAAGAUUCGAAUGGGCUUUGGUUGAAAGAAUGUGUGGUUACACUCGACAUCAGCCAUCGUUCUUUAGAACAAGGGAGGCUUUGGAGCUUGCAGGAUUUGUUGUGGCCAGCAUGACUUUGGUUGGUCAUAAAUUCACAAGCCUCGUAGCUUUAACGCUCUCCUUGGCCGCUCUUAUCGUGAACUUGCGCAUGAAGUCGUUCCUGGCUCUUCCGAACCUCGUCUGCUUCUCUGCGGUCUCGGCUUUUUUCUUCCAGGAGUCUUUAGGGGUGUCCACCAACCCAUUCGCCCUGUCUUGCUUCUUCACCCGCCUGGUCUGCGACCCGUUCCUGGACGUCUACUUCAGCGGCCUUUCGGUCACUGAGCGCUGGGCGCCGCUUCUAGUAAGAAGAGGCUUUUGGAGGCACCUGUCACUUCUUCCGCUGGUUGUUGUGGAGGUGACCUUCAUGAUCAUAGCUGCUCUGAAGAUGAGCGAUCUGGAUCGAUGGUACCUGUUGAUCCCAGGUCUCUCAGUCUCCACUAUUUUUUGGAUCAUCUGCCAUCUGGUUUUUUGGGUCGCGCUGUGGGGAUUUCACUGCAAACUGAGUGACUGCCAGAGGCUGUGUGAGGUCCACAUGUCAGGAGAGUUGGACAGGGUGAUGGCAUCUAAGGGCAUGCGACACUUCUGCCUCAUAUCAAAACGUCUGGUGUUGUUCGGCUUGGUGUCAACCAUCAUACUAGGGGCUCUGGCUUGGCAGCCUUCAAACAGUCUAUUUAUUGCAUUGUUUCUGCUGGUAUUACCACUCGAGUCACUUGCCCACGGCCUCUUCCAUGAACUCGGAAACAGCUUGGGAGGAACCUGUGUGGGCUACGGUGUGGUAAUUCCUACCAACUAUUGCAGCCCAGACGGACAGCCCACCCUGCUGCCUCCGGCGCAUGUGCAGGAGCUUAACCUGCGCUCCACGGGAAUGCUCAACAACAUGCAACGCUUUUUCUCCCAUCACAUGAUUGAGACGUACGGUUGCGACUACUCCACCAGCGGCUUGAGUCUGGAAGCCCUGCAAGCCAAGCUCCGCAUAUUCAUGGAGGCCCACACGGCCGACGGGCCACGGCACGACACCUACGUUCUUUUUUACAGUGGCCACACCCAUCGCAGUGGAGAGUGGGCCUUGGCAGGUGGAGACGUUUUACGUCUAGAUGAAAUUGUGCAGCUAUGGAGGGAGAAGAACGCAGGCUGUUGCUCACGCCUCAUCAUUAUUCUCGACACCGAGAACUCCCUCCCUUGGGUGAAAGAGGUGAAAAAAAUCGAGGGCCUUUAUGUUGCAGUUCAAGGAGCGGUGCUCUCCAAUCCCAAAGACGUGGAGGUCCAUGACGCACCUCAGCUCGGGGACUUCAUCUCCCAGUGGGUGGAUUAUAACUGUAACCCCGACAGCAUCGUCCAGUGGUCUGAGCGUGGACGGACUGUUCGAGCUGCCUAUGGGAUCUCCAGAUACUGGUGCGAUUACAAGCUUCACCUACCCACCGAAAGUGAUGUCACCAGGCAUUGGAAAAUGUACUUCCCACGCUUGACUUAUCCCGUGGUUCAGUUGGCCCAUUGGUGUGGCGGACUGAACCUCUUCUGGGCUUGCGAUUAUUUUGUCCGACUGCUCCGAAGGAUUAAACUCACAUGUUUCCCUCCUGCGGUUCUAGAUACCGGACAAGGUUUCAAGCUGGUUAAAUCGUAGAGCAGGACCUAAAUGGUGAUGAAUAAUGCAAGCAGCUGCCGCUCACAGCAGGGUUUGUAUCUGGACACGGUUAAGUCACAGUGAUUUUUUUUAAACCUAUGGCAGCUUUGUUGAAUAGACCAGCCGAACAAUGUUUAACAAAUCUCAGGUGUGAGAUCACUCCAGGUGUGUGUUUGUUUUUACAAGAGAUUGUCUACUUUAGUAAGCAAGGGUGAUUUUUUUUCUUCUUUAAAAUCUGGUUUAUAUUUUAGAAAGAAAGAAAUUAUAUUUUCUUGGGGUUUUUUUGCAUUGUGAAAUUAUUUUUAUUUAAAAAUAAUAAUAAUUACAAAUAAGCACAGCCCCAUUCAUUGUCAUUACUAUACUGAACAACAACAACAACAAAGACAUGCAUCUCAUAUCAUUACUCUAAUAUGAGAAAACAAGUUCAAAUAUUUAUUUAUUAUAUUAUCUUUAUAGUGAUGUAAAUAAAGUCUGUUGUCUUAUUAGGUAAUAUUCAUUUUUACUACAUUUGAG